UAUCCCCCACAACUGGUUCGUCUAGCUUGCUGGAUCUCACCUUCCCCAAUCCACCAGUCGAGAGUGCUUCACAAAGCUGGUGCUUACAACUUUUCUUCCAACCACCAGCUUCACACUUCCUGCAUCUGCAAAUCCCAGGAUUCCUGCACUGUGCCUGGCUUGUCAUCGGCCUCUCGUGUGUGACACUACUCGCAAGCUCGACUCGGGAAAUUCCAUAAGUCCCCGUGUGCCAACGUCUGACGUGAGCGGCUCACAUCAGCGUUAUCAUGGCCUCCGAGCUUGAUCAGUCCCUCGACGAUAUCAUCAAGUCUAAGAAGUCUUCCGGUCGUGGCGGAGGCAGAGGGGGACGCGGAUCCGGAUCUGGUAGGGGCUAUGGUCCCGUUCGCAGAUCCGGACGAGGCGGUUUUCGACCAACACCAUAUGGCCAGCCUGCUGCCGCCUGGCAACACGACAUGUACGAUGCUGACGCAGUUGCAGUUCCAGCAGCCGGUCGCGCCGCAGGGCAAGGCAUCGAGACAGGAACGAAGCUCUAUGUGUCGAACCUCGACUAUGGCGUGUCGAACGAUGACGUUAAGGAGCUUUUCUCGGAGAUUGGAGAGCUCAAGCGCUUCUCGGUUCAUUAUGACAGAAGUGGGCGAUCCAAGGGUACAGCCGAGGUUGUGUUCGCACGGAAAGCAGAUGCUUUGGCAGCCAUGACUCGGUACAACAACGUUCAGCUUGACGGGAAGCCUAUGAAGAUUGAGCUGAUUGGUUCCACUGUGGCUCCAGCUGUUCCGCCUGUCGCGAGGGUAGCAGUUGCACCAGCUAUUGUUGCGCCGUUCGGCUUUCCUGCUGGGGGUGGUUUCGGAGGACGUGGGCGAGGUGGACGUGGAGGGGGACGAGGGAGGGGAAGAGGGAGAGGGAGAGGGAGAAAGUCUGAGGCUCCCAAGACCCAAGAGGAGCUUGAUGCUGAGCUUGACCAGUACAACGCCAAGAGGGACACCAUGCAGUCGUGAGCGUCAUGAUUUGUUAGGUUCUCGGCCAGCCAGUACCGUUUUCUGUCUGUAUUCCCACGUUAGGUGUUAGGCUGAUCGCCGGGCUCUCGUUGGAGAACUAGGGUUUUGUGACAGGACAAUAUGGUCAUUGCCAGGGUUUGACACACUGACCUCAAUUUUCAUGUCUACUAUUACCAUUUAUUAGGAAGGACUAAAAUAGCUGGGUGAAGUGCCCUGAUUGCCCUGAUUUCAGGGUCUUAUGCGGUAGGUAUUUGAAAUCAGAC